UCGCCGGCAUAGCACAUCAUUCUAGGCCUAGCCGCUGAUCGGGCAGGAGUUGCCAGGACAGCCAGGACUACGGGCUUUCAGUCACCAAAAAAAUAAAACAAGUCACAAAGUGUCAAGUCGCGUUUUUAAAGCGUUUUGUUGUUGAGUUUCUGAAAAUUCGUUAAGUUUGGCGGUCAAGUGCCUUUGUGCCGUUUCGGUUCCUUGUUUUUCGUCAUAAAUAGUUCGUGCCUUAUCCCUAAGAAUUAUUCUUAACUUUCCACACACACACACACGCGUUGUUGUCGUCGAGUGCCUUGGACAGAAACUUUACUUUUACUAGACCCUAAGUCUCUAAAACUCUGCCACUAAUUUGCCUUAGAACAGACACAAAAAGCCUUAAAAAAAAACACAAAAUUUGUUACAAAGUCUUACACGUUUUUAACGAUAUAUAUAAUAUAUGUACAAAGUCACACACGUUUAUAUAUACUUUACAAAAUUUACACAACGAAAGCUUUUACACUAGAGAACCCACAAAAUUUUAAACGUUAUUUGUUGAGGUCGAGAGCAUUGCAAAACUGCAAAAUUCACACGUUAUUUAAUGAUGUAUACGCGUUUUUUAAGAUUUUCCAAACUGUUAGCGAUUUUUGCCAUCGUUUUGUGUUGAGUAUUUUGUAAAUUCAGUUUCGGUUCCGUACAAUUUUUUGUACAAAAACGGUCCGCUCCGUUUGCCAAACACCACAAACGUGCCUCAGCUCGUCGAGCAGCUGCCGCCGGAGCCCAGGAGGAUCUGCAGGAGGAUCUCGCUAGCUCCAGCGCUGCCGUCGCAGUCAACGAUUUUUAAAAUCUCCCUUUAACACCCCGCGAUGCAUUUCGAUGACAACGUAAAGCCGAUCGAUUAAACACCAAUAAAACACAAAACACACCACUCCAAAAACACACACACCAAACAACACACACUACGCCCGAGCGUGCCUUUAUAAGCAUUAAGCCAAAAAGAAAAAAAAAACCGUAACCAUAAGCUCUGUGUGCCUUAACGUUUUUCGAUCGCCAACUUUCCGAAAAAUACUAUAUAAACACCUUCGAAAAAAACGUCCAUUGUAAACAAGAUCCCACGAUGAGUCUAUCAAAGUGUUCGAAAAUGCCUUUUGCAUUUCCCACAUCCUUGGAAGUUUACCCAAGGAAACAACGACGACGAGGUGGAGGAGAGAGUGAGAGGAGAGGAGUAGAAGCACGAAUCGAGAAAACAGAAGGAGGAGGAGAAAGAAAGCCGAAGAGAAGACGCCAGGAUGUCCACGCUAUCGCUGCGCAUCCAGCUGGAAGGUGGUCGUGUGACCAAGACCAUACAGUUCCAGCCCAACACCACAGUCUUCGAUGCCUGCAAGAUCAUCCGUGAUAAGUUCGCCGAGGCUGUGCAAGGACAACCCAGCGAAUAUGGUCUUUUCAUCUCCGACGAGCAGAACCAGCAAGGCGUUUGGCUGGAGGCCGGACGCACCCUUGGCUACUACAUCCUGCACAACCAAGACACGCUGGAGUAUCGUCGCAAACUGCGCACCUUGCGUGUCCGCAUGCUGGACGGUGCCGUAAAGACCAUUCUGGUGGAUGACUCGCAGCCGGUGUCGCAGCUCAUGGUGGUCAUCUGCACGAAGAUCGGCAUCACCAACCACGAGGAAUAUGGGUUGGUGCGCGAGGACAACGAGGCGCAGAACGAGAACCUGCCGGACAACAAGUUCGGCACUCUGACCCUCAAGCGCAAGAUCAUGGAGAAGGAUCGCGACGCCAAGAUGGAGAGUUUGCGCAAGAAGCUCAAGACGGACGAUGAGAUGAACUGGGUGGAUGUCGGUCGCACUCUGAGGGAGCAGGGCAUAGAUGAGGCCGAGACGGUCUUACUGCGCCGUCGGUUCUUCUUCUCGGAUCAGAACAUUGACUCCCGGGAUCCCGUGCAAUUGAAUCUGCUGUAUGUGCAGGCCAGGGACGCCAUUCUGGAUGGCACGCAUCCCGUUACCCAGGAGAAAGCUUGUGAAUUUGCUGGCAUCCAAACGCACAUUCAGUUUGGACCGCACAACGAGGCCAAGCACAAGACAGGAUUUUUAGACCUGAAGGACUUCCUGCCUCAGUCGUAUGUGCGCGUCAAGGGCAUUGAGAAGAAAGUCUUUGCGGAGCACCGAAGGCACGCCGAUCUAUCCGAAAUCGAUGCCAAAGUCCUGUACACCAAGACAGCCCGGGAGUUGCCCACCUAUGGGGUUACCUUUUUCCUGGUCAAGGAGAAGAUGAAUGGCAAGAACAAGCUGGUGCCCCGCCUGCUGGGCGUCACUAAGGACUCGGUGCUGCGUCUGGACGAGCGUACCAAGGAGAUUCUCGUCUCGUGGCCAUUGACCACAGUCCGACGAUGGGGCGCCUCGCCGAACACCUUCACCCUGGACUUUGGCGACUAUGCCAAUCAGUACUAUUCGGUGCAAACGACGGAGGCCGAGCAGAUUGUCCAGCUCAUCGCUGGCUACAUCGAUAUUAUACUCAAGAAGAAACAGACCAAGGAUCACUUUGGCAUCGAGGGCGAUGAGGGCUCCACCAUGGUGGAGGAGUCUGUGGCACCUUCCAAGGCCACCUUCUUGCAACACGAAACAAAUCGCGUGGAGCAACUCAAUGUGGAGAGCUUGGCUCAUCCGGGCAUUAUACGCAACUAUGACGCCGAGCGCCCCUUCACCCACAACGAAGUGCAGACGGUGCAGUAUGGCGCCUUCGUUGGCCAGGUGAAUCAUGCCCACCAGCCGCCCACGACUAAGGAAGUUCGCAUUAGUUCUGUGAAUCUAACGGAGCCACAGCGGGCACUGUUGGGCUACAUUUCCGCCGGCCAGGAUGUCCUAAUUCGCGCUGACGAAGAGCUGCGCACCAGGGCACCCAUCCAGGAGCUGGGCAGCGAUAUGCGCUCCAUUGAGUGGCGCGAGAACACGCUGGACACCUCCAAGCAGGCCGUCAGCAGUCAUGUGGCCACCAUGAGCGCCGCCACAGCCCAGAUCAUCACCGCCUCGCAGCCGGACGAGGUGGAUACGGAGGCCAUUUCGGCUUCGGUGUCGCAGAUUGCCCAAACGAUACCCGAGGUGACCAAGGAGGUGCGUCUGAUUGCCGCCCUGAUGGAGAACGACUCGAACGGCGACCAGCUGCUGGAGGCUGCCCGCAACUUGUGCAACGCCUUCAGCGAUCUCCUCAAGGCCGCCGAGCCGGAGAGCAAGGAGCCGCCGCAGCAUCUGAUCAAUGCGGCUAGCCGCGUGGGAGAGGCCACCACCCAUGUGCUCAGCACCAUUGCCGAGGAGGAGGUGCCCGAGAAUCGGGAUCUGCACGACAUGCUCCUGGCUCUGGCCAAGGCGGUGGCCAACACCACCGCCGCCCUUGUGCUGCGGGCCAAAAACAUUGCCGCCAGCUGCGAGGACGAGCAGGCCCGCAACAGGGUGAUUGGAGCGGCCAGCCAGUGUGCCCUGGCCACCAGUCAGCUGGUGGCCUGUGCUAAGGUGGUGGCGCCCACGCUGCACAACGCCGCCUGCCGCGAGCAACUGGAGGCGGCGGCCAGGAACGUGGCCAGGGCCGUCAACUCGCUGUGCGAGGUAUGCAACGAGGCGAGCAACGAUCCCAAGCUGAAGGCCGAUCUCCUGGCAGCCGCUCGGGACGUGUCCAAGAGCCUCACCGACAUGCUGGAGCACGUGAAGCUGAGCACCAGGGAGCACGCGAACCGCACCAGCACCGAGCUGAGUCCCGUCGAGAACGUGAUCAUCGGCACGGACAUCCUGGUGUCCACCCACGAUCCCCAGGAGAUGGUGCGCCAUGCCCGCACCCUGGGCCAGACCACCGCCCAGCUGAUCCAGAGCAUCAAGGGUGAGGCGGAUCAGCAGCAGGACGCGGACAUGCAGCGUCGCCUCCUGUCCGCCGCCAAGCAGCUGGCCGAUGCCACGGCCAAGCUGGUGGAGGCCGCGCGUCUCUGCUCCUCGAAUCCCCACGACACUGACAACCAGAAUGCCCUGCGCCGGGCGGCCGAGGAGCUGCGCGAAAUCACCACCACGGCGGCCAAUACGCCGGCCAUGAAGCGGGGACUCAUCCAGCGACUGGAGUUCUGCUCGAAGCAGGCCGCCUCGGCAGCCACGCAGUGCAUCUCGGCAGCCCAGAAUGCGGUGCAGCACAGCCAGGACCACCAGACCAAGGAGACGCUGCUGCAGGACUGCAAGCGGGUGGCUGACACCAUCCCGCGACUGGUUACUUCCCUAAAGACGACCCGGGCGCAGCCCGACGAUCCCAACGCCCAGCUGAACCUCAUCGAGGCGGCGGAGCAGUUCAUCGAACCGGCACUGCAGGUGUCCAAGUCCUCGAGGGCUCUGCAGCCCACCGUCACCGAUAUUCCCUCGGCCACGCAGCUGUCCAAGGGUGCCCUGCACCUGGGACAAUGUGUAUCCGAGCUGCACUCGGUGGCCCAGCGCGCUCGCGAUGCCUGCGGUGGCCAGGAGUUGGAGUCGGCUUUGGAGGAGGUGCGCAAGCUGCAUGACGUACUCGACGACACGCGUCAGGCGGCCCUCGCUGGCCAGCUGCGUCCCUUGCCGGGACAGACGGUGGAGAACACGGCCGAUGAGCUGAGAAGGUCCGCCAAGAACGUGGGCAUUGCCCUGAGCCAGCUGCUGUCGUCGGUGCUGCAUAACCAGCGCAUCUACGCCGGCUCAGCGGGUCGCGACACGGCCCUGGCCCUGGGAGACUUCACCAAGAGCGUGCACGGGGUGGCGGCCACCACCCAGAAUCCGGCCAUCAUCGACUGCGCGGAUGAUGUGGUGACCAGCUCGGCGCGACUGAUCGAGCAGGCGCAGCGCACGCUGCAGGGCGUGUCCAACCCGGACGCCCUGACCCAGGCUGGCAAGGAGGUGACCGGAGCGCUGUCCGCUGCCGUGGACUGCAUUCCCGGCCAGCGCGAGGUGGACAUGGCCCUGAGGAACGUGAGCGAUCUGAGCGAGAUCCUCUCGAUGAGCGAGUUCCCGCCCUCGGCCCGACCCUAUGCCACGCUGCAGUCGGAACUGAAGCAGGUGGCCGAGCAGCUGAGCAGCUCCGGGGGCCAGAUCGUGGUCUCCUACCACUCGCCAGCCCUGCUGGCCGAGACCACGCAGAACUUUGCGGCCAACUACCGGGACCUGCUGUCGGUCAGCAUGGAAAUGGCCGGCCAGACGCAGGAGGAGGAGGUGCGAUCCCAGAUUAUCGAGUGCCUGCGCCACGUCUCCACCCAGUCGUGUUCGCUACUGUCCACGGCCAAGUCGAUUGCCGCCGAUCCCGGCCAGCCGAAUGCCAAGAACCUGCUGCACGCCGCCGCCCGCGGCGUCACGGAGAGCAUCAACCAGCUGGUGGACGCCAGCAUCCAGUCUGCUCCUGGCCAGAAGGAGUGCGACAACGCCAUGCGCAACAUCGAGGCCCUGCGCCUGAUGCUGGACUACCCCCACGAGCCCAUCAACGAGCUGGGCUACUUCGACUGCGUGGAGCAGGCCACCGGCAAGUCGCGCAACCUGGGCUACGCCAUCUCCGAGAUGAUCAACAACGCUAAGCAGUCGCAGCACGUGGAGUUCAGCCAGUCGGUGAGCAACGUGAACGACUCCAUCCAGGGCCUGAUCGAGAGCUCCUCGCAGGCCGCCUAUCUGAUCGGCGUCUCGCAUCCGUCCAGCGUGGCCGGACGGCCGGGCAUCAUUGAUCAGGCCCAGCUGACGUGGGCCUACCAGGGCAUCCGGCAGCACUGCGACAUCGUGGCCAGCCAGCAGUCGACCAAGCCGCAGAUGAUCUCUGCCCUCACGGUGAUCGCCAAGCACACCAGCUACCUGUGCUCCAUCUGCCGCCAGGCCUCGAUGAACACCUCGAACCCGGUGGCCAAAAACGAGUUCAUUGUGCUGGCCAAGCAGGUGGCCACGGCCACCUCGGACCUGGUGCAGGCCAUCAAGGCGAUUGAGGAGCAGCCGGCCAGCGGAAGUCGCGAGCGCCUGGUGGAGCCACUCCUAGAGGCCGUCAAGGCGGUGCGACAGUAUGCCUCCAGUCCGGAGUUCAGCUCGGUGCCCGCCAAGAUCUCGGCGGAGGGCAGGAAGGCGCAGGAGCCAGUGAUCCAGGCGGGACGUGGCGUCAUCGACGGUGUGGUUGAGAUGGUCAAGGCGGCCAAGUCGCUGGCCCUCUCCCCCGACAAUCCGCCCGUGUGGCAACAGCUCUCGAUGCACUCGACGCCGGUGUCGGAGUCGGUGAAGAGGCUGGUGGACAACAUUCGGGACAAGGCGCCGGGACAGGCGCAGUGCGAGCAGGUGCUCCACACCCUGGGCACCUGCACCCGCGAGCUGGACAGCUGUGCGCUCGCCGUGAACGCCCAGGGUCUUAGCCAGCGGCGGGACAACAACCUGCACGGCUUCAGUGGCCAGACGAUGAACUCGGCCUCCGAGCUGGUGGACAAGCUGGAGCCCAUCCGGGUGGCGGGCAAGAACAAUGCCGAGCAGCUGGGCCACGCCGUGGGCGAGAUCUCGCGGUAUGUGGUGCCCAUGGUGAACGGCGCCAUCGGCGCCUGCACCCACAUCGUGCACAGCCAGCAGCAGAUGUCGCUGAUCCAGCAGACGCGCUCGGUGGUGGAGAGCGCCAUCACUCUGGUGCAGUCGGCCAAAGACUCGGCCGGAAAUCCCCGAGCCACGCACGCCCAUCCGCGGUUGGACGAGGCCAUCGAUGGCACGCGGGAGGCCAUCCUGGAGCUGCAGCAAACGGUGGAGAAGAUCAAUGCGGAGACGGGCAUUGUGACGGGUCUGAUGGAGCAGGUGAACCGGUCCAUCACCCGGCUGACCGACAAGCGGCAGUCGCUGCUGAACGCCUCGUACUCGGACACUUUCGUGGACUACCAGACGCGCAUGGUGGCGCGGGCAAAGGAGAUCGCCAGUCUGGCCAACGAGAUGAAUGCCAAGAGCAGCGUGGAGCCGGCGGCCCUGCCCCAGCUGGCCGUGGACAUGACUCAGCACUACCAGCAGCUGACCCAAGAUUCCGUGGGAGCCAGCACCACCACCACCUCACCGGACGUGGCCAUGCGGAUUCGCACCACAGUCAUCGACUUGGGCCGCUCGGUCAGCUCCAUGAUCCAGUCGUCGGCGGGCGGAGCACGACCCAACGAUGUGGGCGCCCAGAAGGAUAUUGCCCGCAACGCCCGCGAGGUGUCCGAGAAGGUGGCCCAAGUGCUGGCCGCCUUGCAGGCGGGAUCACGCGGCACCCAGGCCUGCAUCAAUGCCGCCCACACGGUGUCCGGCAUCAUAGGAGAUCUGGACACAACCAUUAUGUUCGCCACCGCCGGAACCUUGCACUCGGACGGAGACGGAAGCUUUGCCGAUCAUCGCGAGCACAUUCUGCAGACGGCCAAGGCUCUGGUCGAGGACACCAAGGUGUUGGUUACAGGAGCAGCUGGAACACAGGAUCAGUUGGCCAGCGCUGCCCAGAAUGCAGUGUCAACUAUAACUCAACUGGCUGAGGCGGUGAAGCGAGGCGCCUGCUCGCUGGGAUCCUCGCAGCCCGACUCUCAGGUGAUGGUCAUCAAUGCCGUUAAAGAUGUGGCCUCGGCUCUGGGCGACUUGAUUAACUGCACCAAGCUGGCCUCGGGCAAGCCCAUCAACGAUCCCUCCAUGCAGGGUCUGAAGGAGAGCGCCAGGGUGAUGGUGCUGAAUGUGUCCUCGCUGCUGAAGACCGUCAAGGCUGUGGAGGAUGAGCACACGCGCGGAACACGGGCCAUGGAGGCCACCGUUGAAGCCAUUUCCCAGGAGAUACGGGCCAUGCACACUCCCCCUCCAGUGGGCAGCAACCAGGUGGGACCCGAGGACCUCAUCCGAGUGACCAUGAACGUGACUGCUGCCACUGCCAAGGCCGUGGCUGCCGGCACCUCCAAUCUGCAGGCUGACAUUGUGGCUGCCGCCAAUCUGGGACGUCGGGCCAUCUCUGACAUGCUGAUCGUUUGCCGCUCCGUCGCCUGGAACUGCGCGGAAACGGAGGAACUGCGAAUGCGCACUCUGGAGGCGGGCACGGCGGUUGGCGAGUCCUAUCGCGAGCUGCUCAACGGCAUCCUGCACAACUGCAGCGCAGACGAUCGCAUGCAUUUGUCGCGUCGCGUGGCCAAGUGCGUCACCGAUCUGGUGGCCAUGGCCAGGCUGCUCAAGGGCUCCGACUGGAUCGAUCCUGAAGAUCCCACAGUGAUAGCUGAGAACGAACUGCUGGGCGCCGCAGCCUCCAUCGAUGCAGCGGCCAAGAAGCUGGCUUCGCUGCGUCCGCGUCGUCAGGCCGAUGUCACGAUCGAACUCGACGAGAAUAUGAAGUUUGACGAAAUGAUUCUGGAGGCCGCCAAGGGUAUUAUGGCCGCCUCGGCUGCCUUGGUGCGCGCUGCCAACGCUGCCCAGCGUGAACUCAUUGACCAGGGCAAGGUGGCACGCCGUCCGCUGACCAGCUCCGACGAUGGCCAGUGGUCCGAGGGCCUCAUCUCCGCCGCUCGCCUGGUUGCCGCCGCCACACACAGCUUGGUGGAGGCUGCCCAGAAUUUGGUGCGCGGCGUCGGCACCGAGGAGAUGCUCAUCUCCACGGCCAAGCAGGUGGCUGCCUCGACGGCCCAGCUGUUGAUUGCCUGCAAGGUGAAGUCCAAUCCCAACUCGGAGGCCGGACGACGUCUGCAGGCUGCCGGCAAUGCGGUGAUCAAGUCCACCGACAACCUGGUGCACUCCGCCCAGCAGGGCCUGGAGGCCGAGGAGGAGCACUCGCUAAAGAUCAACACAUCGAUGGUGGAUGGUAUGGCGCAGGAGAUCAACGCCCGCUCCGCCGUGCUGCGCAAGGAGAAGGAGCUGGAGGAGGCGCGCCAGCGCCUGAAGCAUGUGCGGCAGGCUCAGCGCUACGCUAAGAAUGCCCAGGGCUUCACCACCGACGAAAGCGAUACAGAGAUUGCCUAUGGAACGCUCAACAGGAGCCAGAACAAUACUUUGGGUCGCAGCGGAGGAGGAGGCGCUUACUACGGUGCCGGGGAAGUGCCCAGCUCACCGAGCUACUUCUCGGGCGGAAGCCAGCAGCAGCAGAAGCAUCACUACAGCUACGCCAGCCCCCAGCCGCAGCACUUUCAUCACCCCGGAGCAGUCUCGCCGCCGCCGUCCAACUAUCCUGCCAUGGAAGAGCCCAACGGAGACUUCCCUCCGCCGCCGCCGCCGCUGUCUACGACCAUUUCUAACAUGCAAACCGCCACGUCCGGUCACAGUAGCUUCCGCCCUAACCCCAAGCUAACAGCCAAUGCAGUGCCCCGUCCCUAUCCGGGCAGCCCGGGCGGCAGCAAUGGCCUAACCUCAGCACCCACUAAUACCAACUACCAGCACAGCUUUGAGUCGUCGUCCAGCAUUAAAACGCAAAACUCAUCUCCGCCGGCGGUGCCACAGAAGCCGGUCAACCGGAAUCUGGAGGCGUGCGUGCAGGAUCUGCAUGACAAGACCUUUGGCCAGGGCGGCGUGGUGCAGCUGACGGGCGGCAAUGGUUAUCCCGGACAGAACUACGAGGGCUACACGUCCAGGUAUGAGACGCGUAACUUUGACAAGGCGGCCAACAACAACACCACCACCACCAGCAGCAGCAGCACCGAUCUCGGCCUGGUCAAGCCCUUGGAGUCGAGCUUCUCGCAGAUGACCCUCAACACCGAUGGCGGCAAGAUCAGCAUCGUGGACCAGGGCUCGGAGCGACUCACCUCGAUGACACAGCGCGUGAUGGAGCGCAAGUCCUUCACGACCACGACGGAGUCCCGCUCGGAGACCAAGACGGAGAAGCAUAGUUUUCGACUGGACUAGAGGCCUGCCAGACCUAAGUAAAUGUUCGGGCAGGAGUCUGUCGAUGUUUGCCAAAAGUGCUUUUAACAUUUACACCCCACACACACGAACAUACUAAUAGAAAUAAUUUAAUAUUAAUUGUAAUCUAGCCACUAGCGAACUACGUCUAUAUAUGCUUUCCCCCUACCAUAUAAUCACCUAAUAUUAACAACCCUAUAAUCGCUAUUCGACUUUCUAUGUCUUUGUAAAUCUGUUGUCUAUCUGCCAUUCAAUUGCCAAAACACCAUAUAUAUCGAUGGAGCAAGCCAUAAACACCAGUUUAUUAUAUAGUCAGGCGAGCCUCUAAAAUCUAAAAUCUAAACUUUAAAAACCAAAUUGCAAAUUAACCCCUAAUAAUCGUAUAACCCCUACAAAAUUGGUUCUUCAUUUUCGUUGUUAAUUCGAUGCAACUUAUUACUGUGCACUAAAAACACAAUUUUUUAUUUCGAAAUGCGUGUAACCUUAUUUAAAAAAAGAAAGAAAGAAAGUCCCACGUAGAACACACUCAAAAUAUCUAUGUAAAACCCCUUACUAUGUUCUAAAGUUGUGAAUUCUGUUUGUUGUAAUCAUUAUUAUUUCUUAUAUCUUUGUAUAUACGUACAUGUGCGAGUCGUGUAUGCAGUUGCAUAUUUCAAUUGUGUAUUUUUUGUAAAUUAAUAAAAAAAAAAAACAAUAUUUUAACA